GCCAGCGGGCAAUACAUUUGACCAAGUUGCUUAGUCGCGUGCGGGCGUGUUGUCGAGCCGGGAAAUGCGCGCGUAAACUGAUAAAAAGAAAGAAAGAAAGAAGGAAAAAAAGUAGCAUAUAAUUACAAUUGAGGGGAAUAUAAAGUGCACAAAAACUGAGCAAAUAAAACGUAGUGGAGCCAGCCGCCAUGCUGGCCCAGAGCAAUGUGUUUAUGAAGUGAGUGAAUGGGCACAAAACGAAAAUGUGGCCAAAAGUAAGUGGGCCAGUGCAAUAUUAUAUUGUUUGGCCAAAAUGCAGGUGGCGGUGCGUGCGGCUGUUGUCGUUAAACGUUCUUGGCGUCGGCGGUGCCAGGAGCCGUUACCCGGCCGGGCCAUAAUCGUUAUUCAAAUGUGGCAAGGGUGAAUGAUACGAAAUGCAAUAACAAUAACUGCGACAGUGAAAUAAAUACAAGUGAAAGCGAUUCAAGAACAAACUGACACCAACACCAACACCAGCAACAGCAACACCAACAACAGCAACAGCAACAACAACAACAGCAACAACAAUCAAGCAGCAACACCACUUAGCAGAUUGCCAACAGCACCACCAGCGAGCGGUCAUGUUAGCAGCCAGCCUGAGCCGCCGCACCACCACAGUCAAGCGAACACGUACAGCAACUAUUGGAGCAGCAGCGAGAUGGUAUUGAGCACCGAAUGGUCGCAGGUGGAGGUUAUUGAUCUGAUCAACGAUGGCAACGGGCUGGGCUUCAUUCUGGUGGGCGGUCGCAGCACGGGCGUUGUCAUCAAGGCCCUGACGCCGGGGGGCGUGGCCGAGCGGGAUCAACGCCUGCAGCUGGGCGAUCAUCUGCUGCAGAUUGGCGAUGUGAAUCUGCGCGGCUUCAGCUCGGAGCAAGUGGCCACAGUUCUUCGUCAGACCGGAGCUCAGGUGCGUCUGAUUGUGGCUCGGCCCGUGGAGCCGACGGCCAUCGACUACAAUACGCUGGCCAGUCAUGCGCCCAUUAUACCAACUAAGCUCCUCUCCGACCCGGAAGAACUGUCGCGGCAUCUCUUUCAGAAUCCGAGCUUGGCCACGGCGACGACACCCCUGGAUGUGGGCAGUCUGGUUGGCCUGGUCACGGGCGCCCCAGCUGGCGAUACGGCUGACCAGGGCAAUGUGCCGUUGCCACUGUCACUGCCCCUGCCCCUGCCCUUGCCCCUGCCCCACUCCCAGUCCCACACCCAGACCCAGUCACAGUCACAGUCACAGUCCCAACCCACACAGUCCCUGCCUCUGUCCCUGUCACUGCCUCUGCCCCCGACCAUGCACGCCAUGCCCUCCAUGCCCUCCAUGCCCGCCAUGGCCCCAGCGCCCGAUACUGAGCUGGCCGAUCUGCCGCUGCCGCCGAUACCCGCCAAUCUGGCCAGCAGCAGCAGCUCCUGCCUGCAGGAUCCUGACAUUGUGCCCUACUCCAUACUGUCGCCGCCUCCGACGACAGCGCUGCUCACGGCGCGACAGUCGCUGCAAUUGCCGCUGGGUCAGUGCUGGCAGACUGAGGACGACGACGAUGAGGAUGAGGCGCAGCAGGGGGAGGGUGGAGAGGAUGGGGAAGGAGGUGGGCAGCGGGCGCAGCAUGUGGAUGGCACUGUGAUAGCCGGCAAAAGGUCGGCAAAUGACGGCGACUGUUGCUCCGUGGACUCCGAGUCGCCCUCCACAUACGUGGACUCGCCGGAAACGGAAACGUACGUCGUGGUGCUGCACAAGAACGUCUACGGGCUGGGCAUCACCGUGGCCGGCUACGUCUGCGAGGAGGAGGAUCUGUCCGGCAUCUUUGUGAAGAGCAUCAUCGAGGGCAGCGCCGCCGAGAUGAGCCGCCAAAUUCAGAUCAACGAUCGCAUCGUCGCCGUCGACGGCCGCACCUUGGCCGGCGUGACCAAUCAUCAGGCUGUAGAGCUGCUGCGCAACACGGACAUUGAGGUGCAUUUGACGCUGGAGCGUUUUCUGCGCGGCCGCAAGUUCGAGCAUCUGCAGGUGGCUCUCACAGAGAUGAAGGUGGGCGGCGGCAGCGCCAAUGCCAACGAUGGCGAUGCCCAGUCCCAGCUGUCGAUGCCCGCCUCGCCCUCGAUAGCGACGCUCAGCUGGCUGCCGCCGAAAUCGGCCGACGCGGACUCCAUUGUUACCGAUGCCGGUGAUGGCCAGCUGCUGCCCGACUUUCCCGAGCUGCCCUCGCGGGACACCGUCGAUUCGAACAUGUCGCACAUGCUCGACCGCAGCGACCACAGUGCUCCGCCGCUCACCAAUGGCAAUGGCAGUGGCUUGGGCCAUGGACUGGGUGGGCAUGGCCACGAUCAUGACAGCGGCAAUGACACCGACGAGCAGUGUCCAGAGCCGGAGUCUGAAUUGAAGCUGCCACAGCAGCCGCAGCCUCAGCCGCAGCCGCAGCUCCUGCCCCAGUUCAAGUCAAAGUCAGAGACUGAGUCGAUAGCAGCGGCAGCCGUCGCCGAGCCGGAGCAUGGCAAGACGCCCACCAAUGAGCCGGAUGUGCCAGCGUUUAAGGGCACUGACACGGCCACGCCCGCCAAAUUGGCCAGCCCCAGCGCCGCCUCGCUGCGGGUGGCCUGGAAAAGUGAGUUUCCCGAAAGUGAAAUAUUAGUUGCCGAAAUAAAUAAACUUUCAGGUCUAGGGAUCAGCCUCGAGGGCACCGUCGACGUCGAGUGCGGCAUUGAGAAGCGUCCGCAUCAUUACAUACGCUCAAUACUCGAGGACGGUCCCGUCGGCAAACAGGGCAUACUGCGGCCGGGCGACGAGCUGCUCCAGGUGAACGAGCACAAGCUCCAGGGCCUACGUCACAUCGACGUGGUCAAGAUACUGAAGGAGCUGCCAGCCAGCGUGAAGCUGGUCUGUGCUCGCGGCACGCGCGCUCCCUCGAUAAUCAACACCUCCCAGAAUCCGGAGGCCUUCGAGACGCGCAGCCUGCUGCCCGGCGGCCAUCAGAGUCUGCAGAAUCUGCUGAGCAAGGCGCAGUCGGAGAGCUCCCUCUACACGUCGAGCACGGCAACGCUGACGGAAUCGGCGACGGCAGCUGGAACUGCAGCCGCCACCGCCGCCGUCGCCGGAGCGACAGUGCAGCGCUCCAAGUCGCUGGACAACAUCUCCGGUCUGGCGCUGUGGAGCAGCGACGUGACAGUGGUGCAUAUUGAAAAGUCUGAGCAGGGCUUCGGUUUCUCUAUACUCGACUAUCAGGAUCCCCUCGAUGCGGAGGGCAGUGUGAUUGUGAUACGUGGCCUGAUACGCGGUGGUGCUGCGGAGGCAACCAAUGAGAUCUUUCCGGGCGAUCGUCUAAUCAGCGUCGGCGAGCACUCACUCCAAGGCCUCGAGCUCGACGAGGCGGUGGCCAUUCUGAAGGCCAUGCCACCGGGCCGAACGCGUCUCGGCAUUUGCCGACCCCUCUCCACCUCGGACAGCAACAGCAACAGCAACAUUGCCUCGCCGAUCGCCGACUCGGCGAGCAGCACAUAGUGCCAGGCGGAACUACAAUCUCAGCGACAGCUCAUGAUGCAUUAUAUUUUUACCCUCAUAUUGGCCAGUUAAAUGUGAUGCAGCCAAAGCCCAAAUAAAACCCCGAAAAAACCCCAAAACCAGCUGCAGUAUAAAUCAGCGGAACUGAGCAUGCGACAAUUUGUACAUAGAUGACCCAUGACCCAUGGCAUAUAUUGUGCGAAUACAUAUGAAUAGUAUCUAGUUAUAUACAAACAAACACAGAGAGAGACCCACAUAACGUAGCUAUAACUAAUUGGUUCGACGGCGCUGACGUGUUAUUGAUCCACAGCCAACGUGGUAUAAAUAAAUAACUAGACAGUUCUGCAUGUGAAAUUUUUAGAUUUCAGCAACGAGAACAGCACCAGCAACAAAAUUGGGAAUAAAAUAUUUAUCACAAAUUGUAAUAAUCCAUCAAUUUAUAAUAACAAACUUUUGUCGGUUGUCGAAGGACACAAAACACCCAAAACAUCUAGUCAUCUAGUCAAAGAAAAUAAAUAAAUUAAAUAUCAUAAAAGGAGUAAAAAAUAACAAAAAUAUAUAUAUUGCAGAACAAUUUUCAAAAGUAGGUUCCGAUUUGUACCAAUUGUAAAUAGUUAAGAACUCGUUUUUUUAUUAUACUCAAAUUUCUUAAUUUGAUACCUAGUUGAGUGUAGUUUAGUUUAAGGGGGUCUAGGAUUCAUUGCCUUCGAGGGAAAGCCCGUAGAAUCUAAGUAGCAAUCAUAAAAAAAAAUAAAAAUAAAAAUAAAUAAAUAAAAUUGUAAAUCGAUUGGAUGUAUCCAAUCGAUAUUAGUAAAAAUUCUAUGCUUAUGGUAAAUGAUAUAACAAAUAUAUAUAUAUAUAUAUACAAUGGACGACCAAACAAAAGUUUAACUUUAAAUUUAGCAACUCCAAAGAUCAACUAAAUUGAAGCCAACUGAAAGGAUAUGAAUUGAGGCACAACUCUGAGAUAGUUAAGAUAUUUUGAGUCUAGAAUUCAUAGAGCUCAAUCUGUAGUCAAGAUUUCGAAAUGCCUAAGCUUUAGCUCCUCCAAAUAUAUAAAAAGAAAUAAAGUUUAUGAAUUAAAUAUAAAAGGAAGGAAGAUAAAAUUAAGAGAAGGCUUGUUAGUGAUAUUAAUUUUAAAAGAAACUUUGAACUAAAACCAAUUAAUGGAUCUUUAGCAAUGUGUUUAAUGCAAUAUUUUAAUUUGCUGACAAAUACUUGAAGAAGAUAAAGAAAACAUUAAUAGUUAUACAAGGGCUGGCUACACAAACAACUUGAGAAGCAAACUGGAAUAUUUACUUUAAUACGCCCUAGGUAGCUCUAUAAGUAUUAGACUCUUAUGUAAAUUCGGCAGUUAACGUUUUUCUGUUAGUUAACGUUUAGCUAAUUAUGUUAAGCUUGAAACUGUUUGUAAAUAGUAGUGGAAGGAAGAGAGAGACACUCAGCAUUUGAAAUAGAGAUUAAAUCACUUAAGAACUUCUCGUAUAUCAACUAAACUAAAAUUUAAACAACAUUAUACACAGGCAGCACAUUAACAAUAAGAAACACUAAGCAACGCAUAUGUAAACAAGUUCCAAGCAAGUCUUACAAAUAUUCACACUCACACAUACACACUCAGACACACUCACAUACACACACAUGCACAUUAAUGCAGUAUAUUCGAAUGAAAAAAAAAAAGAAAACAACAAUUUAGCAAUUAUCAUUAAAUAUUUACGAACUGUCUGAGCAAAAGCAAACUAACUAAAGCGAAUGACUAAGUUAAAGUGAAAGCAAAACUAAACGAAAACACAGCGCAUAAGCAAUAGGCGCCAUCAGCUAUAGCUAUACGAGUAAUGUAAAACGAAACAAAAACAAAACAAAAGCCGUUAAAUAAACGAAAUACAAAAAUACAAACAA